UCUCUCGCUCGUUCCGUCACUUCACUCCUCGACUCGUUCCAAAGCUCGGGAUUUUCCUUUUCUUUUCGUUUCGUUGCCGAGAGCCUGUCCGCGACUCCGCAGAAGUUCAGUGUCGAUUGGCCGAGCAAAAAGCUCGCUGUUUCCCACUUCUUUUUAGUGUGAAUGGUGGCUGUCACUUUGCUGUUUUUUGUCAGGAUCUUCUCAAACUCGUAUAUGUCAUUUCUCGCUGAGGUCCAGGUCUACCUUGUAUUCUUUGAAAAAAUGAAGAAAGCCCAUCUCUUUCUGGUGAGGAAAAACACUGGUGUUGCCACUGUCUAAAAGGUUGGCCUCGUCUUUUACCAUCCUUUGAAGGGGGCGAUCUCUGUAUCUGGGGUCUUCAUCGAGGCGCUUGUCUUCUUUGACUAAAUAUAUAUAUUUCUCUCUCUGCGAAACUUCGGGUCAUUUUUCAUUUUUCCCACCGAAAAAUACUCUGUAAAAAAAGGAUAACGUGGGGGCCGGGUUCUCGAUCCUAGAUCAGGACCAGUAGCUGGCCCUCGGGUCCAUCUUCAAGAUUUCGAUUUUACGCUGCCACUUUGGUCAAAUCAAACAAAGUUUGCUUCUUUUCUCCGGAGCUCCGCCGGAAUAUUCCUUCCCCAUCGCGCCACCACCGCAGUCGGUCCUUACGCUUGCUCAAGUAGCAGCCAAUUCUUGUUCUUCCAAGCCGUGAGAACCCGGAAAGCUGCGAGCUUUAUGUUUUUUUGGGCCUUGAAUGUCCUCGAGUGAGGACUCAAGUUCUCUUCGGCGAACGUCUCUCCGUCGAACUAGGUUUUAACCCUUGAUCCGUCGGAGUUCGUUUCGAAGAUAUAAAGUUGAACCUUAUCCUCGAAUCUCGAUGUGCUUACGGUCUGGAGCUCGCGCAGAUCUCGUCAUUUAGAGAAAGCAAGUCCGAUGACCGGCGUUUCUACAUAUUUACAGCAACAAAGACCCUUCAUUUAAGAACUGACUCUAAGAAAGACCGGGCGGCUUGGAUACAAGCCUUGAUCUCGACCCGGACCCUGUUCCCGUCCAGAUCGCUUAAAGAUGACUUCUCUCUGGUACCAAAUGAUCUGUCUAUAUCAACUGAUAAACUUAGAAAGCGCUUAAUUCAAGAGGGGCUGUGCGAAAAUGCGGUGACGGAUUGCGAACAGAUCAUGCUAUCUGAGUUUUCUGAAGUACAAGGACAAGUUCAAUUGCUUUGUGAAGAACGAUCGAAUUUGCUGGACACACUCAGACAACUUGAGGCUGCUAAUUUAGAAGCUGAAGCCCCUGGGAUUAAUGAUGCCGAUUAUGUGUUGCCAAAACAUGGGUUUUCCAGUAUAGGCCGUGGAAAGUAUUGUGAAUGCAGCACUACUGCAUCAUCUGAUGACAUUGAGAAACAAGAAGCUGAGGAGGUUUCAGAUGAAGAUGACACAUCGUAUUUUGAUACAGAAGAGUAUUUCACUGAACCGUCUGUUACCAGUGGGGUGGUAAGGAAAACUACACAUGCAGGUAAUGCAUGCAAGGACAUUGAAAGCCAGCAUAGCAAUGUGAAGGAAAUGCGUUCAGAGGAAAAAGUUUGUGAUGCUGAAAUAUCUUCUUCUGGUAGACGGAAGAAGCUGCCCGAUCCAGUAGAGAAAGAGAAAGGAGUCAGUCUAUGGUCACUGAUCAAAGACAACGUGGGGAAAGACCUUACCCGAGUUUGUCUACCUGUAUAUUUCAAUGAGCCAAUUUCAUCCCUACAGAAAUGCUUUGAGGACUUCGAGUAUUCAAAUCUUUUAGAUCAAGCAUACGAGCAUGGAAAAGCGGGUAACAGUCUCCUAAGGAUUCUGAAUGUUGCAGCUUUUGCCGUUUCUGGGUAUGCUUCAUCUAAAGGGCGGCAUUGCAAACCCUUCAACCCUUUACUGGGGGAAACUUAUGAAGCUGACUAUCCGGAGAGAGGAGUUCACUUCUUUUCCGAGAAGGUUAGUCACCACCCUACUCUCAUUGCUUGCCAUUGCGAAGGAAGGGGUUGGAAAUUCUGGGCUGACAGCAAUUUAAGGACAAAAUUUUGGGGACAAUCUAUUCAGCUUGAUCCUGUGGGAGCACUUACCCUUGAGUUUGAUGAUGGCGAGAUUUUUCAAUGGAAUAAGGUAACAACUAGCAUCAACAAUCUUAUCAUUGGAAAAGUUUACUGUGAUCAUCAUGGUGUCAUGAAUAUACAUGGUAACCACCAAUAUUCAUGCAAAUUGAAGUUCAAGGAGCCAUCUAUUCUUGACCGAACUCCUCACCAGGUCCAUGGAAUUGUUGAAGAUGUCACUGGGAGAAAAGUUGCCACGAUAGUUGGGAAAUGGGACGAGGCCAUAUACUAUGUAGAUGGGGAGUUGACCAGGAAGCUAAAGAAUUAUAGUGAUGCAUCUUUAUUGUGGAAGUGUAACAAGCCACCUCCUACUCUCACUAGAUACAACAUGUCUUCAUUUGCAAUUACGCUAAAUGAGUUAACUCCUGGGUUGCAGAUUAAGGAGAAGCUCCCACCUACGGAUUCCAGACUCAGGCCUGACCAGCGUCAUUUGGAGAAUGGAGAGUACGAAAGGGCAAAUGCCGAGAAACAGCGUUUGGAGAAGAGGCAGAGAAUGUCAAGGCAAUUGCAAGAAAAUGGGUGGAAACCCAGAUGGUUCCAGAGGGAGGGUGAAAAUGGACCUUUUCGCUAUGUCGGUGGUUAUUGGGAAGCACGCCAACAGGGCAAAUGGGAAGGAUGCCCAGAUAUCUUUGGCGAGUUUUGUAAUGAUACUGGGGAAACCACCUGUGACUCUUAAUUUCGAGUCAGUGAUGCAGGAAAAAUCCUGUAGAGUCACCAUCAGGUUGUGCAGACAGAGUUCAUUUGAUGAGAUGUUCAGUUCAAGGUGGUCACAUUCGAGAUCGAUUCUUAGCCCUAGAUGACGUCUGAAAGAGGAGAACUAAUCUCUUAGAUUCAAGUCCAAUUGUCAAAUUGGACUUUGAUAAUUAUUCUUUUCUAGUGGGGGGAUUUAUGCGAAGCAGUUUCAUCCGCGCCCCAUCUUCUGUAAUUUCUACAAAGAAAGACUAGCCUUUGGCUCAUGCUUAUUCAGUAGAAAUUUCUUUCGUUCAAGAAUAAGAAGGGGGAGAGAUGGAUAUGUGCUGUCCAUAUUACUGUGCUAGAUUAUACUGGUAGUGUCUGUCAUGAUCAUCAGGAAGUUAUAUAUUUCUGCUUUGUAACUCAAUUCAUUCACUCAAAUUACCAAUGAAACAAAUUUGAAGACGAUCUCGGUGAAUGUGGUGGAGAAUUAUUUU